CAGAUUCCACCACGACCGAUGUGGAUCGUUAGAUUUUAAAUAAUGCCAUUAGUUUUUGUGAUUCUUUCAAAAGAAAUAUGUAUUUAAAAAUGACUUGAUUUUUUUCCCCGAUUUAGGCUAGGCGAGAUGAUAGUGUUAUUAUGAUCGUAUGUGUUUUCUUCCGCAUCUGACAAGCAGAACAAAUUACUCAGUGACUGGAAAUGACCAUGGCAAUAAAUUUGAUUCUGAUUCUGAUUCUGAAGAAAUACCAUUGGCAAGUAAAUUUAUGUUUUCCAUUAUGUCCUGACUUAUAUAUCAUUCGCUAUGAAAGACCAACCAAAUCUUUGAAAGAUCAAAGACCAAAUCUUUGAAACAUGUUUUGAAAAAAGCUCCACCGGACGUUUGCGUUCAGGAGAAGUUUUAUAUACAAAUAUAGUUCCAUAGCAGAUAUAGAUAUAUGUAUAGACAGAUAACAAAAAUGUCAGCCAAGUCAAAAGCCCACAUUAAGUAAAUCUGAGUGUGCUCAAAAGGUUAUUUGUGCCUAAGUGAUUUAUUAUAAUGUUAUCGCUUGGCUGCCAAACCCAUCCACAAGAUGGCACUGUUAUACAGCGUAAACUCGAGGUUGACGAACAGUCUGAACAGAGCUGUUCUUGUUUUCAAAAGCAUUUCUAAACCAUAUGUUGAUGGACUAUUGGUGGUCUUCAGCUAAAUUGCAGAUGCGUGGAAGACCGACCAACGCUUGUCAUGGACAUCUCACAUUCGUCGUUACUUGGAUAUCUGGAAUUAAAAAUACCUCACAUUUUUCUUCCAUGUCUGAUUAAUCAGAAUAAUAAUCUGAGUCUGGUACUGUGAGUCAGAUGAGGUUAUCAUUCUGGAGAUUUUAUGUAAAAAUGGGUUCUGAUUAGAAGUAAGUCUACAUUGAACCCCUCUGCAAGAUUUCAUGAUUUCAUUGCAUUUCCUACAGCUGAUUUCGCAAUUUAGAGCAGCCAGGAACCACCACAAGCAUCACUCUGGAGUAUGGAGGGUGUGGAAGACGCUCAGCCUGGCGCCCAGAUGGAGCUGAAGAAGGGCAUGUCCAUCUUCAUCGACAUUCUACGAAGAGCAGAUAAAAACGAUGAUGGAAAGCUGUCCUUCGACGAGUUCAAGUCCUACUUCUCUGAUGGAGUCCUGACAGCUGAGGAACUGAAGGAGCUUUUCCACACAAUUGACACUCACAACACUGACAACGUGGACACAGAUGAGCUCUGUGAGUAUUUCUCCCAGCACCUCGGAGAAUAUGAGAACGUUCUAGCAGCCUUGGAAGACCUCAACAUGUCCAUACUCAAGGCCAUGGACAAAACAAAGAAGGAGUACCAGGAGUCCACCCAUCUGGAGCAGUUUGUGACGCGCUUUCUGUUGAAGGAGACCACCAAUCAACUGCAGUCCCUGCAAAGCUCCCUGGAGUGUGCUAUGGAAACCACAGCCGAGCAGACUCGCCAAGAGAAACAGGGUCCUUUGAAGCCAGAGGUUUUGUCCAUCCAGUGGUCGGGUCGUCGCUCCAACAGACGGCUUCAGAGGAACAGCAGUCUGUCGCCCAACAAUCCAAUACUCAGCCUGGUGAAUUCAGGUGUGUAUGAGGAAGACGGCCAGUGGACUGUCCAGGUCAAUAGACUGCAGAAGCUCAUUGAUCGCCUAGAACAAAAGGAGAUUCGACUGGAGCCAGUGGAAGAAGAGGUGUUGGAGAGUAAACUGCACAUCUUGAUCGUCCAGCGGCAGCUCUCAGUUCUGGAGGAGGAGCUGGAGGAGUUUCGUCUGGCCCUCAGACAGUACAUGGACUGUACCUGUGCCCAGACCGGAUGCUUGCACAUCACAGUUCAGCGACUGGCUGGUGAAUCACGAUUCCUCCUCUAUGAAUUUUGGGAGCACAACAACGUGUGGAAGAACCACCUGCAGACCAACUACAGUAAGACCUUCCAGAGGGCAAACGUGGACUUCCUGGAGACUCCAGAGACCAUCACCACCAUGCUGGUCCCUGCCUCCUGGUGGGUGCUCAACAACAACUGAAGUCAGACCCGUGACCUCAGUGACCCACUGGUCCACACACGAGACUGGACGCAGCCCCGACGUCACGAUGACUCGUCCCCAUGUUGUGACCUCCAUGUGUCUUCAUCGUCAGGUGGUAGCUGGAAUAGUCCGAGUGUGUGUCUGUUUACACAUAGGAGACGCGCCGUCGUCCGUGAAGCCAUGACCUCACUAGAUCUCUGAUGUGACGUCUGAGGCGUGCGUGUGUGUGCGUGCGUGCGUGCGUGAGGGAGGGCAGGGGUGUGUGACGUAACUGUGUCAGUGGCAGCAGCUCGUUAUUACUCUGUGACUCCUUCGUAGAUUGUUAAGACAUUUGUGCUUCUAUUUGAUACGUAUAUUUUAAUCCUAGUUUGUAGACUUGUUUAAUUUUCGGUGCUGAUUUGAUUUGCGACAAAAAUAGGAGCCAAAGCAAAGAUUUCUAGUCACCGCCACCUGGUGGAUCUUAGUGGCAGCUGCAACGCUAAUCGUGUGUCCUGCAAACCUCUCGUCGUGCUCGUCAUCUUUUCAGUGGAUUUUUAUCAUUUUAGUUGGAUUUGAAGAAACAUGUAACGAACCACGAAUUUCAGUGGUGAGAUUCCAUGUUAGUCAGUCAGCAGCUUGGAUGACUUUCUGCGAGAAAUAGGUCCUCUAAAAUGUAUGCUGUUGAGUAUUUGAGCCAAGGAAGGCGUUAAAAUAUAUUUAUUAGUACUUUGUAAUGAAUUUUAAAUGAAGGCUUUAUCAUUUUACCUUUAGCUCAAAAGUGUAAAUAAAUUCAAAUAAACUAACCAUGUAAACUCAGCAUUAUUACAAGGACUUAAGAACAUUAAAAUAUUGCAAAAUUCUGUAGUAUUAGAUUAUGAAGCAAAGUACCAGAUACUAUUAAAUAUGUGAGGUACCAUCAAAUAUAUUGAAAUGAACUUUUAAUAUGUCAAGUAAUAGUUUGUUUCAAGGACUUAAAUUUUGCAAAAGUUAUUCCAACAUAACUCGAACUAUAUAAAAGUAAGCAUGCUAAAUAUGACAGAAAUGCCCAAAAAUAAAUAAAUAAAUAUCACAAAUUAAAAUCAUAAUCCAGAAUCCUAAAAAAGGGUUUAACAAGUUUGUGCUUUUUGAAUGAAUUCAUGUCACCAUAUCAGAAUUUCCAGCUAAAUUAUUGAGCGAACAGUGAAUGUAUUUAUUGUAUGACUCUUUGUUUAAGGCAGGUACUAUGUCCGUUUCCUGCUUCAGAACCACCAGUGGGAAGAACUGCACCAUGUCACUGUAUCUCAUCAAAUCUGUAAAAAUAAAAAUAAAAAAACAAGCACGGCA